CUUGAGCGUUUUAUUAGCUAAUUUGUCAUGACUAUAAAAAAUGAUAUUCAAGUAAAUGAAGGAAAUGAAGAAUUGUUUAUAUUUAAGCUGGGUUCCUUCAAAUUAAUUAUUGGCAACAUUAUUUUAGGAUGUGAUACACACAGAUGCCACCUUGUAAAUUUUCAACUAUAACAUUACAACCAAACAUUACAUCAUAUUGCAUCCAGCCCGUCAUCAAACACAAGUACAUUAUACGAACCUUAAACAUGGCAGAGUUGUGAGAUAUUCGGGAUGAAAGAGAGAGAGAGGUUAGUGUAAAUUAAUAUCCAUAUCCGGUCGUAGGGGGAGAACACAAGGCUGGAGGAAGCUGGUAGGUGCCAGCCUUUACUCUUCACAAGAUUUUUAUGUAGAAACACAAUUAAGGUUUUUAUAAGUUCGUUUCUUAUUACAGUUGUCAUUACUAUUAGUCUUCUUGCACGACGCGAUGAGAGAGAAUGCUGAUUUAUUAAAAUGCGAAAAGUCGUAAUUGAUACCGUUAGAUGAUUAUGUAAGUGGAAAGUGAGUGGGAAUGAGUAAGACCUACCUAGUCAGUAGAUCUAUUGUAGUGUUAUGUGUAAGAUCUUCCUAGAAUGGGCCAAUAGACCUAUUGUAAUGUGUAAGCCGUACCUAGCACGGGCCAGUAGACCUCCUGUAGUGUAAGACCUGCCUGCCAUGGGUCAAUAGACCUACUGUAGUGUUAUGUGUAAGCCUUGCCUAGCAUAGCUAAAUAGACUGCAGUGUUGUGUCAGAAGUACAUGUCUUGUCUGAUGUGUCGCCCCGAGAGAUGUCGACUUGGACAGAUAAUGGCACUGAGAACAAGGCCUUCCCAGUACAAUUAACUCGUAGUACGGUGUCCCAUUCAUGUUGCCAUCACCAUACUACUAACGACAACGUCUUAGCAUUACCAUCACCACCACCACCAUCAUCUAUAAGACCCCAUAAUGGGAGACUUAACAACAGACGCUGUACCCAUGGGAACCCAGACAAACCAAAACUUCGACGAAUUACGAAGAAGAAAUUUGCAACGGGCCCAGCAGGUGUACAACAUCACAGGUAGUACAGGUGUGCAUAUUGGUACUGUUGUUCACAACGUUGUACCCCGGAAGCGACCCCGGGUCACCCCCCAGGACCUGCCUCUCCAGAAAGAGGUCGACGCCCUCAGGAGGUGCAAGCGGGAGAUCAACGAGCAGGAUAAGUUCGUUGUGAGUGAGCACCUGGGGUCUGUGUGGAGGUCCAUGGCUCGCCUAAUGGGGUUCUCACCAGGUCAGGUAGACAACCUGGAGGCUGACUAUCCCCGCUCCGUCGACCGUGUCUACGAACUGCUCACCUGCUGGCACGAUAGAGACGCUCACGAUGCCACCAUUGACAAGUUGACCGAUGUCCUCCUCGCUGUCAAGGCCUACCAUGUGGUCAAGAGACUCAAACCUUAGACAGAUCUGGUGUAAUAAUUGGAGUUGAUCCUACUACCUGGUCUUGAUUCCCGGACCUUCCAGACAGGAGCCAGGUCUGUCACCACCAGGCCACAUAGCGUGCGACACCCGCGUCUGAUCAUUUAUUAGCUAAACUUUAGUGGAUAAUAUACACUCUAAGAUGCAUAAUAACAGUGGAGCACUGUAGUAGGCCUAUUGGCCAAGGUCUAAUUCACACCCAACCACACUUGUAUGCCUGUUUAUUAUAACGUUACCCAAAGUUCUCACCUCAAUGAAGCUGCUUCGAAGUUUGUUCCUCUCUACUACAACUCCAUUGGCAAACCGACUGUUGAUAUUGGAUGUAUAUCUCACAAUCAUAAUUUAAUUAUUGUGGCAAUAUAUUUAAUAGUGGGUCCGUAGGAAACUCAGGAAAGUUGGUGUGUCAGUUCGGUCCUUGUGAAAUAAAUGUACACAGGAUAUCGAGUGAAUUUUAAACUAGUGUCUGAAUAAAUUUUGACAGGAUAGGCAGCAAGUGUAUUUUUUUUUUUGGCUAUUUAUGUGUAUGUCAACAGAUUGAGGAGCUACUUAUACAAUAUUUGGAGUCUGUUAAACAUGGGAGACUAUAAACAAUUAUGUUCGAAUAUAUUUUCUAAUUAUUAUAAAGGUAGGCUUUUUAUUAUGUACAGUAAUAUUUGCCAAAGGUUUCGUAAUGUUGAUUGUAAUUAACUAUUUGGAUAUUUAGUAUUAGCAAAUAUUACGUAUAAACAUACGUGAAUGUAAAAUGUAUAUAUGUAAAGAUCAUCAUUUGCAAAGUGGUGUGGAAAAGGGAAAUAAAAGUGAGAGUAGCUUAGGCCUAGAUAGAGUGAACGCUAUGUGGACCUUAGGUUAGGUUAAGUAAGGUUUGUCAGGAAACAGGACAAGUGUUGCCUGAUGCGGGUUUUAGGCAUAUGAUGAGCCUCCACUGGAGCUUUUAGUCGUCUGAUCGAGGCCUUCCGCUGGCUUACCGGUCCACCCCUUUAAAAAUUAAGAUAAUGAUUAUAAAUGUGGACCUUGCAGAGAGUUAGAAGUGACACAGAAAGAUGCUAGAGCUGGUUCUUAUAUUGUGACGAACUGUGAUGCAUCAAGAGCCUUGAGAGUGUAUUAAAGUGGCUGCAGGUGGUUCACUGUGAGUGGGGACAGCAGGUGGGUUAGAUGGGAAUAAAUGUAUUAUACUUUAUAAGUCUUUUUUUUUAUGUACACACGCUAGGUUAAGAUGGGCGAAAUCUGAAUAUAUUCUAUUGCCUCCGGCGCUGUAUGACCCCCUACAGGUUUAGCGUUCCCGCCCAUGAACUAAUAAAAAAAAGGACCUCCUACAGCCAGGGACCCUAGGUAAAUUAUUAUUAUUAUUAUUAUUAUUAUUAUUAUUAUUAUUAUUAUUAUUAUAUUUCAAGUGUCAGAAAAAACCCAAAAGGUCAAAAUGUGUAAUAAGUUUUCUCGUAAUUUUCAAUAUAUAAUAUUUCUG